AGAGUCAGGGUAUAUGUAUGACUUAUGAGCCAUGAGAAGAAGCUAAGCAGUGGUGGAUCUAGAAAUAUUUUUUACCGGGGUCUUACUGUAUCACAGUGGCCGUAUAUUUAAAGAAUAAGUAUUGUUUUCACUAUAUAAAAAUGUAAUAAGCUCUAAAAAUGUUACAUGUACUUUGACUCUUCUUAAUAAUAUGUUAACUGUAGAUGUUAAUAAAUAUGAAAAAAACAAUAUUGAAAAAAGUGUCAAUUAGGGAGUCGAACCCUAAUUUAUAGGGGUCAGAACUAUAACUACCACCAAUUUAGCUGAAGAUUCUUUGAUAUUUCUUAUACAAAACAAACUAUUUGUUCAUUUUAGUGGGGUCAGCUGACCCCACUACUCCCUUAGUAGAUCAGCCCCUGAAGCCAAGCCUUGUUCUUCUGCUAAAUCUCUCUGCAGAAUACUCCAAUAGCUUAUUCCAAAGCUCUCCUACAUUCAAUUUUUGCAAACUGAUCCUUUCAGUCACCUGAUUUAGAUUUUGCAGGGCUUGGAUGCCAAUGUGAAGUAUGACAUGUAGGGUCAUCCCGAUUAUUUUUUAUUAUACUGACUUCCAUACUUCUCUGUAUUGUGUAAAGAUGUUUUGGAAAAUAACUUGAACAAGUGCAAUUUCUCAGAAAGUGUAUUAUGAGUUCAUGUUAAGGUUCGGUACAGUCUGACAAAGGAGUCUCAGAUUUUAUAUAACAGACAACUAACAGUCUAACACUCACUUAUUGAGAUUCUUAUCUAUUGUCGUCCUUGUCCUCCUAAGCAACUUCUAUAACACGAACAAUGGUCUGAUCUUCCCGGUGUCCUAAGCAACUUUCAUAAGCAGAGAAAAGAUGACUUGAUUGAUUGAUUAUGUCUCCAACAUCAGAGUUCUUUUUGUCACAUAAACAAUGAAUGAUUAAUGAAGUUGACGCUUAUGUCCUCUGAUGUUAACCAUCUUUCCCGUUAUUGUGUUAUACACAAAUCCAGCCAUCUCUUUCACUUUUAAUCAAUAGUUACCUGGAUUAGUAAUUGGGUUGUACGUGACUAUAUAAAUAUCGCAAACAUUAUUUUUGAUAACCUUGAAAGUAUCCCAAACCUAUAAAAAGUUUCAGACUAAUCUCCCAACAAGGGUGUAUUUCAAUUAUAAGAAAUUUUUGUUCUCUUAUAUUUAGAAAUAUAUAUAUAGAAUUAACUUAUAUACACUUAUAAUUUACAUUUAAAUACACAAGUAAGUUCUAAUCAUAGAGCAGACUAUAAUCAUAUAAAAUCAAACACAAAGUGAAAACUGCAAACAGAAUUAUCUAUGUAAAAUUGUAAAGAUAAACAAUCAACACGUACCGUAUUAGUUCUGGAUUCAUUUAUGCUUUGUUUAUUGCGUGGAUCUCCAAAAUCCUUUUCAGAAUAUUUCUAAUCUUCACUAAACCAACACUAAGUCACAAUCCACUAUCACUAGUUCAUUAUUUUCUAAUAAUUUACCUUUUGAACUUAAAAUUAAUAAUUUUUAUCUUUGUUGAUAAUCAUGAUUGUCAUGUGGGCUGGAUAAUGAUGGGUCUAUUUUUUUCUAGCCUGUAAAGUUUAAUCAAAACUGAUAGCAUAGCAAAUCUCUAAAAUCUAGUUAGAAUAAUUUCAUAGACUAAUACUACCAACCUUUGUUUUGAUGCAGGUUCGUCUAAACUUUCAAAUAAUGGAGAAAAUCCUACCAAUUGGCAGAAAAAGUAAACUAAACAAACAUUAAUAUGAACAUUUAAAUAAUUUACAAAAAUCAAGUAAAUAAUGAAUAAAACUAUUAUUUACCAAUUGGAACAAAAAGGGAAAUGCGUUUGGUUCAUGUUUACUCAUUGUUUUGUCCUAUACGUCAACAAAAUCUCUUAAUCGAUCGGAUCUCAAUAUUAAUAUGUUCUCUCUCAAAAUAUUUUAUAACAUUCUCCUUCUCUAAAGGUUAAACACAAUAACAUGUUAUAAAAUGUAAUUAAAAUAUAUAUUUUAUAAUGUAUAUAUACUCAAUGGAGGAAAAUAAUUAAGGUACAUUUUUGUAAGUGUACGCCAUUACAGAGACAAACUUGUAAACUAGCAAAUUGGGUUACUAUAUAUAUUUUGCGCACACACACAAAAUAUGAUAAAUGUACAUAAUAAAUUCCAGCUUAUUUCUUUUCUCAUACACUCUGUAUAAACACUGCCAUUCACUAUAUAUAAUCGUCAGUAGUAGUAUUAAUCUUCCUCCACGAUAGUAACUUGCUAACUAAAACUUGCAUUUAAUUUGAGAAUGGGAGGUUUAGGUUCACCAUGUGGAGCAUGCAAGUUCUUGCGUAGGAAAUGUAUAGAAGGUUGUGUAUUUGCACCAUACUUUUGCUACGAAGAAGGGUCUUCUAAUUUUGCAGCCAUUCACAAAGUGUUUGGAGCCAGCAACUUCUCCAAGCUCAUUUCUCAUCUCCCUGAUCAAGACCGAUGCGAUGCGGUACGAACCAUCUCUUAUGAGGCGCAAUCUCGUCUCCAUGAUCCUAUUUACGGCUGCGUCUCACAAAUCUUCUCCCUGCAGCAACAGGUUGUUAGUCUACAAGCACAAGUGGUUCUUCUUAGAGAAGAAGCUUCUAGAAAGUUCCCUCAAGGGGAUUGUAGUGAACAAGGGGAGUUUCUAGCUCAAGAUACACCCCAGGAUCUUCACAGUUGGUUUCACCAAGUAGUCUCGGACUCCAACCUUAACCAGAUGAGUGAUGUUGCAUCAACGUCCAUUGAUCACGACGAGUCACUUUGCAGGUCAAAUGAAUUUAUUUAUUACCAGGAAGUCAUGUUUCCAUGGUCUGUGUGAGUACAAGUGACUAGUUUGCUAAAGAAUGGGAUAAUCUUCUAAAAUCUCUGUUACUAUUGACUUUUUGAACGUGUUGCUUCUUUAAUGAUCCUUCAUAGAAAUAAAAGAGUAAAUCUUAAAAAUAUAAACUUACAAAAAAGAAGGUUCUUCCAUGUGUUUGAUUUAGAACCACUUAAGUAACAGUACAUAUUUUAGUUUUACAAAAUGAUGGACUCAAAUAUGUGAUUUUAUUCAAAAAAUAGUUAGAUAAGAUAUUUUGUGAAUGAUAAAAAGGCUUUUUGGCUUUAGGCCACCA